CACAGAAAACACACUCUGCUACACUCAGCUGAAAGAAGAUGGAAACAGACAGAGUCAGUUUCUCACCAAGAAGAAGUCCUCCUCUCAGGGAUGAACUAAGACAGGCAUCUCAGCACAGUUUCUACCUGAGCCCACCUCCAUUUUAUAUCAAGCCCCCGAAAUUCUCCCCUCCCAGAUACAGAAGCAUAUCGCCCACCAGAGACACCUACAGCGUGUUCAGCCCACCUGCUUUCUUUCCCAUGCUGGGCCCUGGUUACACCCAAAAGGAGGGAUCCCAAAAACGCAAAAGAACUCCUUUCAAAAUGGACGCCCAAGGAGGCGAAUCUCCUGACAGAGGAGCGGAGGAGGCAGAAGAAAGCAGCAGUAAGAAGACAGUGGACCUCUCCCACAUCCCUUUCUCCCUCCCACCACCACGCCCCAUUCCUUCCCUGUCUCCAAAACCCCUCCCUGGUAUGAUCGAGCUCAACAAACUGCAGCUUCAUCACAGAUCAUCGGGUAUGAAUCUACCUGUGCAGGUGAAACAGGAGCCUCUCAGUCCUUCCCCUGUUUGGCCUCCCUCUCCUCUACUACUUCACCCUCCGUACUUUCCACCUCUCCACCACAGCCUCCUCCCAUACCCCUUCUUCAUGCCCGGGCCUGUUAUGCACCUCUCCCCUGGUGCUUUCUACCCCAGAGAGGACCUCCGAACCAGUCAUCGUACCCGUGACGGAGCUCCUCGAAGUGGGACGGCCAGCGCUGAGAAGCUCGGGCUCAACAUCCAUGUAGAUGAGAGCUAUUAUGUUGAUGUUGGAGGUGACCAGAAACGAUGGAAGUGUCGUAUGUGUGACAAGUCCUACACUUCCAAGUACAACCUGGUCACGCACAUCCUGGGCCACAAUGGCAUCAAGCCACACGGAUGCCACCUGUGUGGGAAGCUUUUCAAGCAGCUGAGUCACCUGCACACACACCUGCUCACCCAUCAGGGCAUGAGGCCCCACAAGUGCCAGGUGUGCCACAAGGCCUUCACCCAGACCAGCCACCUGAAGAGGCACAUGAUGCAACACAGUGAUGUGAAACCAUACAGCUGCAGUGUGUGCGGUCGAGGUUUUGCUUACCCCAGUGAGCUUCGUGCCCACGAGCUGAAGCAUGAAAAAGGCCAGGAAAACGUAUGUGUGGAGUGUGGUCUGGACUUCCCCACACUGGCCCAGCUGAAGAGGCACCUGACCGCCCAUCGUGGCCCCACCCUGUACAGGUGUGCAGAGUGCCAGAAGACUUUCCAGUACCCGAGUCAGCUUCAGAACCACAUGAUGAAACACAAAGACAUCAGACCGUACAUCUGCAGUGAGUGUGGGAUGGAGUUCAUCCAGUCACACCACCUGAAACAGCACACGCUCACUCACAAAGGUGUGAAAGAGCAUAAGUGUCGCAUCUGUGGUCGUGAGUUCACCCUGUUGGCCAACAUGAAGCGCCAUGUCCUCAUCCACACCAACAUACGGGCCUACCAGUGCCACAUGUGCUUCAAGAGUUUCGUCCAAAAACAGACUCUCAAGGCUCACAUGAUCGUCCACUCGGACAUCAAGCCCUAUAAAUGCAAGCUUUGUGGAAAGGAGUUCAACAGGAUGCAUAAUCUAAUGGGCCACAUGCAUCUCCACUCAGACAGCAAACCCUUUAAAUGCCUCUACUGCCCGAGCAAGUUCACACUGAAGGGAAACCUCACCAGACACAUGAAGGUCAAACACGGCGUCAUGGACAGAGGGCUGGAUGAAAGAUUGUUUAGGCAAAGGGGGCGAUUCUGCCUGACCACUCAAAUGGGCCUCCUGACCCACUUCAGCCAAGAGGAGCCAUUUGAUCUUUCCCAGAAACCGCCGGGCAUGCCCAGCCUCCGUCUUUCCCAGUCCGAUGGCGAGAGCGUACCGGGGAGCUCAUGUCAGGAGGAGGAGGAUGAGGAGAGUUUAUACAGAAGGAGCCAGUACAGCCCUGAGGUGGACCAACAUGAGCCAGCAGGCGAGGACCAGUACAUCCCUGAGCUGGAGGAGAGAGGACAGGGAUCUCCUGAUGAACUAAGGCCAGGCGAGAAACAGAAACAGACGUACCAGCAAAGUUUAGAUGAUGAGACAUUUGAGAGGGAGUCAGCGGCAGAAGGACAAUCUGUAGAUCCCACAGGUGCCCAGGUGCACCUCUCACAGUCAGAAACAUCCUAUGAAUCUGAUUUAGAGCUAGGCGAGCAGGAGUAUCACCAUGAAACAGGCCGUAGACAGUUGUAUGAUUAUGACUCUGAUUCAGAGCUGGAAGAGUUAGAUGAGCCGGAGCAAAACGAAAAACAGUUGGAUGGCUUUUAUGAGGCAGCUAUCGAUGUGGCAGAGAGGAACAAGAGCAGUUCGGAGACGGGUGAAAUAGUGGGCCACUCGCACACAAGUGAAUUUACGUGUCCACAGGAUGAAGAAGAAGACAAAGAAUGAGGAAAAAAGUAGUGGAAGAAUGAGGAGAAGAUGCAGGCUUUUGGGGUAUGCUGAUGUUUUCUUGACAGGAAAAUGGACAGGAUGUUCAGGAGACACUCCCCUAAGGAAAGAGGAAAGUGUGUAGGUCUCUAAAUAAAACUGAUUAUGGAGGAUGUCAUAUAGUAGCUUAGCACAAAAAAGGAAAGAUGAACAUAUCAUGUUUAUUAACAGACCAAAAAAUAAAUAUGAAGUUACUGUAAUACAAAGCUGUGAAGCAUACUGCAUGUACAGAACAUGUCACACAUUGACAAAUAGUCACUGACAGAAAGUUAAUGUGGAUCAUUAAGGGUCUUAUGAGUAUGAUUAGCAUGUAGCUUUUCUGUAAAUAAAAUGCAAAGAGAUAUUUAAUAUUUUUGUUUUUUACAAAUCAUUUUGCAAUGUUAACUCAAAUAUGCAAUUUUGCUUUAACUUUGACUCAUAUGAUAUAAAAAUCAACAAUUAAGUUUUGCUAAAACCGUCUUCUUUCUUGUUUUUGUUUGUUUGUGGGACAUUGCGCUCAAAGUAAAAAUCACAUUUACUGAGUGUAGUAAUGUAGUUUUUGACAGAUACAAAUAUGACAAAGCUUGACGUUGUGUUUUUAUGAAAUAAACUGUGAUUUUGUUUUAUUCUUAUGUCUAAUGUUUAGAUUCUUUUUAAUCUAUAUGACUUUGUUUGUUCAUUUGUUGGGGUAAUGGUUUUGUUUUUAUUGUAUGGCAGUGUAAUGGUGGUCACCUGAAUAUGAUUCUGCUAAAUCAAAAAUAAAAGUUUGAA